AUGAGGAGCAGCCUGCUUCCGUUCUUGUGGACGCUGUGCAUCGCACUCGGGCUCACCACCUCUGGGCUCCUCGUGCAUGCCGAAGGUGUAGCAUCCGCCAUCGAUCCUGGCCUGGCCAACCAGCACCUCACCCACGCCAACGCCGCGCUUCAGUCCGGCCGCUAUCAGGAGGCGCUCUCGUCGUUCGAUCUUGCGCUGCAGGCCGACCCGUCGUCAUGGCUCACCUACUACCGCAGGGCCACCGCACAGCUCUCGCUCGGCCGCACCUCGGCUGCGCUUCAGGACUUCCAGAGUCUGCUCGACCUCAACCCCAAGUUCGACAAGGCCUACCUGCAGCAAGCCAGAGUCUACCUCAAGGAGGGCGACCAUGAAAAGGCCAAGCAGGCGCUCGACACGUACGACAAGGUGCGCGCCGACAACGGUGCCGCCGCAACCACAGAGGGCGCCAGCGUGCGCUCCAAGCUCACGCUCGUCCAGGCGUCGCUCCGGUCGCUGCAGCAGCUCGCAAAGGAGCUCGACAAGGCGCACGCGCAGUCGGCAAAGGGCAAGGGCAAGCAACUCGACGCCACCAAGACCAUGAAGGGCAACCUCGAGGACGCCAUGGCGGACUGGACGCGCGUGGUGCAUCUGUCGCCCUCGCCCUUCCUGCUGCGCCGUCUGGCGGUGCUGUCGUACUUUGUCGUGAGCGAGCCAGGAUCGCAGAGCCGCGAUGCGGGGCUGCACCAUCUCAAGGCGUGCCUGCACUCGGAUCCGGACAACAAGGCGUGCGCGCGCCUGCAUCGCAAAGUCAAGGCGUUGGAAAAGUCGCUCAAGAAGGCACGCAACUUUCACAAUUCGCAGUCCUACCGCGCCGUGCUCUCGGCACUCAAGGGCGGCAAGGUCGGCGGGCCGACGGUGGUGGACGAGAUCAAAGAGGUCAUCGUCUCUGCCACCCAGGUUUCGCCAGGCGAUGAAGAGGCGCUGAUUCCAGCCACGUACCAGCGGGAUCCGGUUGCCGAGUCGGGGCUGCUGCACGAGCUGUACGUUAUGUACUGCAAGGCGCAUACCGAGCUCAAUGCGAUGGACACAGCCAUGAAGUACUGCGAGCUGGUUCUGGCGCGCGAUCCGGACGACGCGACUGCGAUUCUCGCGCGUGCCGAAGUGGCGCUGCAGAACGAGCAGUACGAAGACGCGGUUCGCGACCUCACCAAGGCCUUUGAGGCGAGUGGACGAACGGACCGAGCGAUCCAUCAGAAGCUGCAGACGGCCCAGAAGCGUCUCAAGCUCAGCCAGAGCAAGGACUACUACAAGGUGCUUGGCGUCAAACGAACCGAUGCGAUGGCGACGAUCAAGAAGGCCUACCGUAAACUCGCACGCGAGAACCAUCCGGACAAGGGCGGCAGCCAGGAAAAGAUGGCCGCCAUCAACGAGGCUUGGGGCGUAUUGGGCGAUGAGGAGCUUAGAAAGAGGUACGAUGCAGGAGACGAUCCCAACGACCCCAUGGGCGGUCAACAGGGUGGAUACGGAAACCCCUUUGCCCAAGGCGGUCAUCCGUUCGAAAUGUUCUUCCAACAGGGAGGAGGUGGAGGCUUCCCUGGCGGGGGAAGCUUUGGCGGCUUCCCCGGCGGCCAACAGUUCCACUUUAAGAUGGGCUAA